CGGCGGCGGCCGCCGCUGGCGUGUUCCGGCUGCUGAGGUGGCGGGGCGGGGCCGCGCGCGCGCGAGCGGCAGGACUUUUAUUUUUUCUGGAUGCUGCCAAAUGCACUGACCAGUACAUGCCUCUUCUGCUGUUAUACUCUUUUAUUAUUACUGUUAUUAUUGAUAGUUCACUGAUGUACUAACUUUGCAAAUCGUGUGCUUAUUCUACAAGACCUAACUGGAUAUUUUCCUAGUCAUGGGUCAUCUCAUCAUUUGAUAUUUCUGGAACAUCCUAAACUGCAUGAAAAGUAUUGCAGAUAAAGAAAACAUGGCAACUAGUAAUGUUAGAAAGAAAGAAGUCACUAGAGAUCCAGAUCACUGUGAUAUCCCAUACUAUGUUUCUGAAUUUGUGGAAAGAGAAGUUGGAAGUGACUUUGAUUCUCUGAGGAAGCUAGACAACCUUAUUGAUGAGCUAUCUGAAAAUAAAAGGCAGUUAGAAGAACAGGUACUUACAGUUUCAUCAGAAGUCCCUAGAAGAAUUCAGAAUGCUUUAAAGAAUGCAGAAGAUUCUAAAAAGUCUCUUAGUCGGCUUUUGGAGGAAGAAAGCCUUCUAUCAGCUUCAAUCAGUAACCACUUACUGAAAGCUCAGCCUUGGAUGGAAGAUCUUGAUGUACUAAUUAGUCAAGUAGAAGAGAUUGAACGACAUCUGUCUUACCUGAAAUGGAUUGCACAAAUCGAAGAGUUAAGCGAUAACAUUCAGCAGUACCUGAUGACCAACAAUGUUCCUGAGGCAGCCACUACUUUAGCAUUCAUGGCAGAACUGGAUAUUAAACUUCAGGAGUCAUCUUGUUCUCAUCUUCUUUCUUUUAUGAGAUCCACUGUUAAAUUCUGGCAUAAAAUUCUUAAGGACAAGUUGUCAAGUGACUUUCAAGAGGUGUUAACCCAGCUUCGUUGGCCAUUUGUGGGGCCACCACAGUCUCAGGCAUUUGGCCUUGCUGCACCAGCCAGCGCUCCUGAUACGUACAAUAAUUUGGAGAUGUUGUUUUGUCAACUUCUAAAAUUGCAAACCUCAGAUGAACUACUAACCAAACCUAAACAAUUACCAGAAAAGUACUCUCUACCUCCAUCACCUCCUGUUAUCCUUCCAAUACAGAUCAUGCUGAAUCCUCUUCAGAAAAGAUUCAAGUAUCAUUUCACUGGAAAUAAACAAACCAAUGUUUUAAACAAGCCCGAGUGGUAUUUAACACAAGUGCUUAUGUGGAUUGGAAAUCAUGCACAGUUCCUUGAUGACAAAAUCCAGCCCAUAUUGGAGAAGGCAGGAUCUUCAGUAAACGCUGGGCUUGAAUUUUCUCGUGGUCUAGUAAUGCUGAUUUUGGAGAAGUUGGCUACUGAUAUUCCAUGCCUUUUAUAUGAUGAUACUCUAUUUUGUCACCUUGUGGAUGAGGUACUUCUAUUUGAGAGAGAGUUAUACAAUGUUCAUGGUUAUAUCAGCAGCUUUCCCAGUUGCAUGCAUAUUCUCUCAGAAGAGUCCUGCUUCCAAAGGUGGCUAACGGUGGAAAAAAAAUUUGCUCUUCAGAAAAUGGACUCUAUGCUUUCAUCUGAGGCUGCAUGGAUAUCACAAUAUAAAGAUAUCACUGAUGUAGAUGAAAUGAAAGUCCCAGACUGUGCUGAAACUUUUAUGACUCUGUUGUUAGUUAUAACAGACAGGUAUAAGAAUCUUCCAACAGCUUCCAGAAAACUGCAGUUUCUGGGGUUGCAGAAGGAAUUAGUUGAUGACUUCAGGAUACGCUUAACUCAAGUAAUGAAGGAAGAGACAAGAGCUUCUUUAGGCUUUCGAUACUGUGCAAUCCUUAAUGCUGUUAACUACAUAGCAACAGUGUUGGCAGACUGGGCUGACAAUGUAUUCUUCUUGCAGUUGCAGCAGGCUGAACUAGAGGUUCGUGCAGAAAAUAAUACUGUCAGUAAACUACAGCUAGGGCAGCUGGCAUCGAUGGAGAGUUCUGUCUUUGAUGAAAUGAUUAACCUCCUAGAACGUCUGAAACAUGAUAUGUUGACUCGUCAGGUAGAUCAUGUCUUCAGAGAGGUCAAAGAGGCUGCAAAGCUGUACAAAAAAGAGAGAUGGCUAUCUUUACCAUCCCAGGCAGAGCAAGCAGUAAUGUCUUUAUCAAGCACAGCUUGCCCGAUGUUGUUGACCUUAAGAGACCGCCUGCUACAACUAGAACAGCAGCUCUGUCACUCAUUGUUUAAAAUUUUCUGGCAAAUGCUUGCAGAGAAGGUGGAUGUAUUCAUAUAUCAGGAGAUAAUUCUGGCAAAUCAUUUCAACGAAGGAGGAGCAGCACAACUCCAGUUUGACAUGAGUAGAAAUCUGUUCCCUUUAUUUUCACACUACUGCAAAAGACCAGAAAACUAUUUCAAACAUAUAAAAGAAGCCUGUAUUAUCCUGAACCUAAAUAUUGGCUCUGCUUUGCUUUUGAAGGAUGUGCUACAGACAGCCUCAGAAAAUGAAGUAACAUUAAAGACAAACCACCCAUCUGCAACAGCAGCAUUAAAUGAACUUGGGGUUUUCAAAUUAGCUCAAAAGGAUGUUGAGAUUCUGCUGAAUUUAAGAGCUAGUUGGCCAAAUACAGGAAAAUAAAGGUUUUUGUGAAAAAAGGUCAGUAACUUAGUUCUGUAUUACUUACUUCCAAUAGAAGUAAAGCAAAUGGUUUACAUUUAAUAUACUUCCUGAUUUCUUUUCCCUGAUACAUGCUUAGAGAUUGGUUUAACUUAGUUUUGUGCCUUCCUCUGUACACAGUUAAAAUAAAAUGAUUUUAAGAUGCUACUGAUUUGGCUUCUACUCCCACAGAAGUGGGGUAUUUUCUAUAGCCUUCUUCUAAUUAAGGUUAAAAGCAACCCUAAAAAAUACUACUUGCAUGUUGUCAAACUAUUCCUUUGUAAGGAAUACAGAAGGAAUGUGUAUAUGCAAAUACACCUGCACACAGCAUGGGAAACUAUUUCAUAUGAACUGGUGCAAUUCUGUUAAAAAUACAGGUAUUACAUCUGUAAAUCAGUUAAUGGACAUAUAUAAAAUGUGUAUAUCUAGGACACAGAAUGAAAUGAAGGUGUAUGUCACUUUUCAUACUAUCUUUUUGGCUGUCCCAAAGUCUAUCUUGAUUUUUUUUUUAAGUAGGACCACCUUUAUUAUUGAGCCUAUUCAGAAAUUGUGUAAGUUCUAUGUUGUAAAUAUGAAAAUAGUUCGAAAUGAAUGAAUGAAAAUGUUCUGGUUGGAAGUGCUAUCUUUCUCCAAAUUUAGACAUUUCUCAUAGGUCGCUGCAGUUGGUCGUCUUUCCUUUUAAAAAAAAAAACUUAAGAAACAACUUGUCUCUUGGAGUUAACUUUAUUCAGUGGAUGGACAAGCCAACAAGUAACAGAGUACUGCCACAAGCUACACUCUGAAUCCAUCACUCCUGUUGCAGAAGCUCCAAAACAUCUUUUUAAAUAACAUAGUCUUGUAACAGAAGAAUGGCAAUUUUCAGACAGUUUGUAACCAUUUUUUUUUGUUUAUCUUUAAGUCUGAUUGCUAAAUGUGGGAAAAAUGAGAAAGAGGAUACUGCUUAAAAAUGAGAGGACAGCAGCUGUCAACGGAUGAAGAAACAGAAAAAAAGAUUGAGGAAAAUGUCUAUGUUGUGGGUGGGUGUAAAUAGAUACAUGUAUACAUCCGCAGCUGAAACUAAUAUACAGCCCAGCUCUCCAGCAUCUUUUUAGUCCUAGGACAGAAAAAAAAAAAAAAAGUUCUGGUUAGAUAUUAGAAUAACUAGGUUCAGUUAUCUUUUGGUGACACUAAUUUUUAUUGAAAUUAGUUAUCAAAAAAUUGUUCCUUGAAACAUACCUUGCCUAUGAGACACUAUUAAAACUCAGCCUGUUUCGCUACUUCAGGCAGAGCAGCCAACAUAGCUUAAAUGUUUCAUAUUUCCAAAUCAGUAUUCUGACCACUUAGGCCAUCUGAUACCUGGGUUAACUGUCUUUGAUCUGUGGGGAAGAUAAUCAGAUUGGUCUGCUUUAAUAGGAUCUUGAAAAUGAGACAGUUGAGGAAAAUGCCAAGUUUCAGAGUCUUAGAGUAUGUUCAGGUUACUGCAAGUCAAUCAAGUUGGAGCGGUAACUGACCAUUUUCAGUUGUGCAAUGCAAAGUAAUGUGGGUAAGUUAAACCAGUCAGUCCUUUAAUUAUAUGCUUUGUAAAUAAACAGUUACGCAACAACAAAAUACCCUUUCAAUUAAACUCACACUUCUUCUUUGAA